AUGGCACAAGGUUCGUUGAGUAAGCAUCUCGAGAAGGGCGAUGAAGCGCUAACAUUAGAUUGGAGUCGUCGACUGAUUGUUGCAUUGGACAUGGCUAGGGGGUUAGAGUAUAUCCAUACUCUAGCCAGUGAAAGUCAAAUCUACAUCCACCGAGACGUGAAAUCGGCAAACAUUCUUUUGGGAAAAGAUCUACGAGCAAAGAUUGCGGACUUUGGGUAUGUCAGGGCUACAACAGAAGACAGAGAACCAAUAAAUACCAAAUGUGUUGGAACUCUAGGUUACAUGGCACCAGAAUACUUCGGUAAAAUGUUUGUAACUGCAGAAGGGAGCAUGCUUUCGAGGAAGGCAGAUGUCUACAGCUUUGUAAUAAGUGAACAGAGAAACACAGAGGUUGUUGUGUAA